UAUUGUCUUUUCUCAAUUUCUCAAGUUCGGACGGUGUUUACGCGACGGAAAGAAAAAUUCGAAAGAAAAUAAUUAUCUUCUAUUGCUAACAUAAAUUAUGUAAAAAAUAGUGAUUGUAUUUCAACGAAACCAACAGUGUCACAAAAAUAUUUGAGCAGCAAAAAAACUCAAACGUGUUCUAAAAUAUUAAUUAAAAAAAUACACAAAUCCACAAAUAAUAAGCAAUUUUCAAUUGAGACCAAAAAAUUAAAAAAAAACGGAAUAUUCUCCUCAAUAAUUCUUUAAAUUUGUCUGGACCCAACAACCGAAGAGACUUCGACAAUUUAAGAGAGAGAGAUAGAGAGAGAAAGAGAGAGUCAUCAUCAUCAUCAUCGAUCGAUCGAGCCGUCAGUCGUCGCACGAACAACAGCAACAUCAACAGCAACAAAUCAUUAACACAUUGGUGUUUUAGAUGAUUGCAAAAAAACUCAAUUGUUCUAUUUAAAGAUAAAAAAUAGCCUAUAUGUGCUGCCUUGGUGUUUGGAUAACAACAAAUAAAACAUGAGUCGGUCAGCUCAUCAACGCCAACAACAAAAGCUGCAACAACAGCAGCAACAGUUGUUGGCCCAACAAAUGGCUGACAACGAGGCAGCCGCUGCUGCGGCCGAAAUGUUUGACUAUUUUUGUGUGGCCACAACAAUGCGUCAAAUUCUCGGCCUACAUCGUCAGAUGUGUGAUGUCAUUGGUCUACGUCCCGCCCCGCUAAAUGAAUUCUAUCCCAAGCUGAAGGCGAAAGUACGUUCAUGGAAAGCCCAGGCGUUGUGGAAGAAAUUUGAUGCACGUGCCGCCCAUAGGGCCUAUGCCAAGGGUAAUGCCUGCACCGGGACUCGGGUCCUGGUGAUAGGUGCUGGCCCGUGUGGCCUUCGAACUGCCAUUGAGGCCCAGCUGUUGGGUGCCAAAGUUGUUGUGGUCGAGAAACGUGAUCGCAUCUCCCGCAACAAUGUUCUACAUCUGUGGCCUUUUGUCAUUACGGAUUUACGGAAUUUGGGUGCGAAAAAAUUCUAUGGCAAAUUUUGUGCCGGUUCCAUAGAUCACAUAUCCAUUCGUCAGCUACAAUGUAUUUUACUUAAAGUAGCCCUGCUUUUGGGUGUAGAAGUCCACGAGGGUGUGUCGUUUGAACGCACCAUUGAGCCCAGUGGAGAUGGCUGUGGUUGGCGCGCCCAAGUCUCACCCUCAGAUCAUGCUGUGUCCCAUUAUGAAUUCGAUGUCCUCAUCGGGGCGGAUGGUAAACGUAACACUCUGGAGGGUUUCAAACGCAAAGAGUUCCGCGGCAAAUUGGCCAUAGCCAUUACGGCGAAUUUCAUCAACAAGAAAACAGAAGCUGAAGCCAAAGCGGAGGAGAUCAGCGGUGUGGCGUUUAUUUUCAAUCAAUCAUUCUUUAAGGAGCUAUACCAUACGACGGGUAUAGAUCUGGAGAAUAUUGUCUAUUACAAGGAUGAGACACAUUACUUUGUCAUGACUGCCAAGAAGCAUAGUCUGAUCGAUAAGGGUGUGAUUAUACAAGACUUUGCCGAUCCGGCUGAACUGCUGGCGCCCGUUAAUGUCAACACCGAAAAACUGCUCGACUAUGCUCGCGAAGCGGCAGAAUUUUCAACCAAAUAUCAAAUGCCAAAUUUAGAAUUUGCCGUCAAUCAUUAUGGCAAACCGGAUGUUGCCAUGUUUGAUUUUACCUCAAUGUUUGCGGCGGAGACAUCGUGUCGUGUCAUUGUGCGACAUGGCUUCCGUUUACUGCAAUGCCUUGUGGGCGAUAGUUUGUUGGAGCCCUUCUGGCCCACAGGUUCGGGUUGUGCUCGUGGAUUUCUCUCCAGCAUGGAUGCGGCAUAUGCCAUCAAAUUGUGGUCCAAUCCUGCCAACAGUACUUUGGGCGUGCUGGCCCAAAGGGAAAGUAUUUAUAGACUCCUGGGUCAAACGACACCCGAAAAUCUGCAACGUGACACCGGCAGUUAUACCGUCGAUCCAGCCACACGUUAUCCCAAUCUAAAUCGCACAUCCGUUAAUGUCUGGCAGGUGAAACAUUUAAUCGACACCGAUGAUAAAUCCAUAUUGGAACAAACGUUCAUGGACACAAAUGCCUUACAAGUUACUCAGGUCGAUACGCCCGUGCGCAGGAAACGUCGCAGUGGCGAUUCCAUGCCAUUAAGUACUGUCCUGCUGCGCUGGAUCUGUGCCCAAUUGCAUGCCUAUGAAUUUACCAAGGAUCUUAAGGAGGUUUCCGAUGUCUUUACCAAUGGUAAAGUUUUGUGUGCUCUAAUCAAUCGUUAUCGUCCCGAUCUAGUCGACUUCAAUGCAAUCAAAGAUUUAAGCCCCAUCGAAAUGAAUGAUCUCGCCUUUAAAAUACUCGACAAAGAGUUGCAUAUACCCCGCAUAAUGACGGGCAAAGAUUCCAUACAGCUGAACAAUGUCGAAUCGAAAGUAUGGCUUAGCUAUUUGGAACAAAUCUGUGAAGUAUUUCGCGGUGAAAUACCACAUGUUAAACAUCCGAAAAUCGAUUUUAGUGAUUUACGUGAAAAAUAUCGUAUCAAUUAUACAAAUGUACAACCGGACUUUUCCAAAUUGCUGCAAAUGUCGAGUAAUAAGCAGAAAUCAAAAUCGCCCAUACAAGGCGAUGCUGUUGAUGUGCCACAAGGAGGAGGAGCGGCGGCGGCAUCAUCGUCGACGGUGCAAAGACGUUCCGUCUUGGAUGAGGAGAAAUUGAAACGUCAACGUAGACAUGAACUACUAUUGGCAUCGGGUAAUAAUGCCGCCGCUGCUGCUGCGGCUGGAGGUGCAGGAAAUAUAGCACAAACCGAUACUCCUCGCCGUGCCAAAAAACGCCGCAGUGCCGAAAAGGCUGCCAAUAUUGAGGAACGUCAAAAGCGUUUACAGGAAAUCGAACAAAAUCGCCAGGAUCGCAUGAGCAAACGACGUCAACAACGCUAUCAACAGACCCAAAACUUUUACAAAUCCCUACACAUGUUGCAGGCCAACAUCUUGCUGCGUGAAGCCGAUGAGAACACCCCAUUUGAGGAUUAUUCCAUAUUUAUGUAUCGCCAACAGGCACCGGAAUUUAAUGAUCGUGUCAAAGAGCUGGAACGCAAGCUGUUGUAUCCCGAUCGUGAACGUAGCGACAUACCCUCAGCUGUGCCCCGCUCCAAUGCCGAUGAACAAUUCAGUGAUCGCAUUAAAUCCAUGGAACAACGUAUCACCUCCUCGUUCCGAGGCAAUGAUAAAAAACCCAAAGAUUUAAUGCGGGCCAUUGGAAAAAUCGACAGCAACGAUUGGAAUGUACGAGAAAUCGAAAAGAAAAUUGAACAGUCCAAGAAGACGGAGGUGCAUGGCCCCAAGGGCAGGGAAAAGGUACCGAAAUGGAGUCGCGAACAAUUCCAGGCACGCCAACACAAAAUGGCCAAGCCAACGCGACAAGAUUCGGCUGAGGAAAAAUUCAAAGAAAUCGAUCAGACUUUGAAGAUACUCGACAAACAGCUGAAGGAGGGUAAUGUCCUGGAACCGGGUAAAGUUGCCUCCAUCGCCGGGCAAUUUGUGAAACGUGAUGUCAGCGAAGAAAAGAAUGCCCCACCCCCAAGCAAUACUGCAACGAAAUCUAGCACCAAAGUGGCCUUGGCUUUUAAGAAACAAGCUGCAUCGGAAAAAUGCCAUUUCUGCCGUCAAACCGUCUAUCUCAUGGAGAAACUACAAACGGAGAAUUUGAUAAUGCAUCGUGGCUGUCUGAAGUGUCAUCAUUGUCAUACCAAUUUACGUUUGGGUGCCUACGCCUUUGAUCGUGACGAUCCCAAUGGGCGUUUCUAUUGCACGCAGCAUUUUAGGCUGCCAGCCAAGCCAACGAGGCCAGUGGUACGCAAACCAGGUCAAAGGAAAUCAUCUGGCCAUCCCAACGAACAAGCCGCAGCAGCAGCUGCUGCCUCCGCAGUCUCUGCAGAAAAUCGCCUUAAGGUCGAACAAGAUUUGGCACUUAACAGCGAAUCAGGCGAGGAGCCUAAGACACCGGAAAAACGUGGCCCAGUCGAUAAUGUUAGUAAAAUGGAAUUAUUGGAGCGCGGUCAAACCCCCGAGCGUAUUGAAUUUGAAAAUACCGAUGCCAUGUCGGAUGGUGAACCCUCGGAAGAACAUAUUAUCGAUGAACAUGAAUGGUCGGGCCGGAAUUUCUUACCAGAAUCUAAUAAUGAUUCUGAAUCAGAUUUAACAAGUUCUGAUGAAUCUGAUACAGACUCAGAAUCAGAUAUGUUUGAAGAGGCCAAUGAUUCGCCAUUGGGGGCGCAGACCCUGCAGCUUGCCUCCGAAUGGAUUGGUAAACAGAAUUACACGGACAGUGAUGAUUCGGAUGAUUUUUAUGAUUCGAGUGAGGGAUUGGCGGAUGAUGGCAAAGAUGACACGGAGGGCGAGGAGUUUGCCAAGGCCCGUGAGCUGAGACGUGAGGAGGUUCGUUUACCUCCCCUGCCGCCCAAUUUGCCAACAGACACCGAAACUGAGAAUAAAUCUUUAAAUGAAACAAACGAAAAUGAAACAACGAUCAAGGACAAGGAAAACAAUGAAAUUAAUACUCAGAAAUCUGAAGAAAAGGAUACAACUUCAUUGGGUGUUGAGGGUGAAAAUUCAAAGGAUAACAACUCGAAUGUAACAAACAAAUCUCAGAACAACGAAGGCAAUUUGCUAGAAGUUGUACCAGAUCUUAUUAAACGUAAGGAUUCCGCUGGAUCAGAUCCUGAGUCCUUCAAGUCCACAACCUCAUCUAUAAUUAUGCCCCUGAAUAAUGGUUUGGAUUCGAGUCCAGUGAAAACAACCAAAGCCGAUAUUGAAAAGCUGGAACAAAAUUCCGAUAGCAAGUUGAGCAAAGAAAUCGAUGCCAUUAGUGCCAAACUUUAUAAUUUAAGUAAUGUGGUCAAGAUGAACAAGGAUCUGGAUACCAUAGCCAAGGAGAACAUGAUUCAAAGUGAUAUCCUCAAGAAGUUAAGUAUGAAAGAAAAAUGGCUGGCCGAAAAUAAGGCAAGUGAAAAGAAUCCGGCCGAGGGUAAAAAUAAAUUUGAGGAAAAAUUGAAUAAAUUCAAAGAUGAUUUGGCGGCCAAGGCAAAGUUCCUGGAACAGCAAACAACAGCAUCAUCGGCGACAGCAAAUCAAACAAAUCCCUAUGCCCCCAAAUCACAAUUUAAGGAUGUGUUAAAGAAGCCGGGGGAUAAUAAAACUGAACUGGAAAAUAAGCUGCCAGAGAAGGGACCCCAAAAACCGGCCAUGGAUAGUCGGGAGGUAUUGGCCCAAAUCAAGGAGUUAAUUAACAAAGAAAAUGAACAACUAAAGGCCAACAACAAGAAACCCCUGAGUCGGACAAACAGUCUAAAGGGGAGUAACUCAGCCAACAAAAGUCCCCAACUCCCAAAGUCCACAAAAUCUUCGGCCGAUGUCAAUACCAAAAUGGAAAUUGAAAAUAUUCUGGGUAUUGUUAAAAACAUUGAAAUCUCCAAGACGACACCACAAAAGGCCAAGGAACCGCAUCAAGAUGAAACGUCCAAGGAUAUGGGCAAAAUGUUGUAUAAAAUCGAAACGAAAUUCUCACCCAAACCCAAUCGUCGUCUAACGGAAAAACUCAAAGAAAUCGAGACAAAAAACUUCUCGGGCACCCUGGAUAGCAUUAAAUCGCAAAUGGAAACACCCACAAUAAGUACCCAACAUGUACCGGCCAAUGUAGAUCUCUCGAAAUAUUUUCCAAAUCAACAACAGCGCAAAGAUUCCACCAGCAAUGUUAAUAAAAAUCAAAAAUCUCUGCAAGAGGUGGAUCUAUCGAAAUAUUUCCCCACCAGUCCGGCGCCACAGAGGCGUAGUUCUGUGGUAACCGUGGCCGAUAGACUGAAGAAGAGUCAAACCGAAAAGGCUUUGGAUAGUAAGGCAAAUAAACCCAGUGCUCCCAAAAGACAGGCCUCCAUGACUUCGGGAACUUCGGGUAAGGAUUUUAGUUUGAAAGAUAAUCAAAUGGAUGGGGCGGUGGAUAUUGAGAAAAUGAAAGCCAAGGUGGUUGCUACGGCAAAUGUAAGUACCAAACCCAAGGUAGGAGGGGUUGCCGCCUCCACCACAAUGACAACAACAGCGCCUGCUACAAAAACCAUAACCACCACCACUGCCACAGCAGUGGCCACUCCGGGAAAAAAGGGGAAGAAUGUAAAAAUUAUCAAAAAAAUUGUGCGCAAGGGGUCUCUUAAGAAAACCCCAGCCGCCAAAAAAUCGCUAAUUCCCCGCGAUGAAGAUGAUUUGAUUUUAGAUGAAAUCCUGCACAGCGAUGAAAUGCGUUCCCCCAGCUUAGAAUAUCAACAGCUCUUCCAAGAGGAACGCUCCCCCAGUGAUGAUCUUUCCGACAAAAUUGAACAUAUACUCGAAGAGACCGGCAUUGAUUUGGGUCUGAAGAAAAAAUCCUCCUCCUCACCUUCAACGAAUCGUAAAAAACUACUCAAAGCCAAAUCCUUUGGCGAAGGUGAAUUGCCACUGCAACGCAAGAACAGUAUGCUGGGCAAUAAAGAUGUUCGCCAAUCCCCAAACAAGGAAGAGGGUGAUUUACCCAGUGGGGUCCAGAACAUACUGAAACGUUUUGAGUCCAUGAGUUCGGUACCAAACUCCUCGGAACCAAAUUUCAAAUUGCGACGCAUGGAAUCCACCACCAGUAAUUUGAAUAAAUCCAAAGAAUCCAUUGUCUCCCGGGAAUCGGAUAGUUUUAGUGAUUUGGAAAAGACCAUGGAAUAUUUGAAAUCGGAAUGGCGUAAUGAGGCCACGAAUUUUUUGCAAAAGAAACGUUCCGAUUUCCAAAAGACCCACACCAUACACAAGAAUCCCACCAAGGCAGAAGUGGAAGUGGCCACAACAAAUGGUCCCGACCACAAUGUCUUUAGCAAUUCGAAAUAUGCCAAAUUCUUUGGUUUCAAACAAAAAAGUCCCGAGAGGGCCAAAGUACAGCUCAAAACUCCCCAGCGAAAGGUGGACAAGUCACCGGAGAAACGUAAAUCGCCGUUGAAAAAGAAGUUGCAUAAAUCACCGGAAAAGAAAAUCAAGAAACCCUCGCCCUCACCUCCCAAGGAAAUGGUCAAAAAGACGGCGCCACAAAAGCCCAUUGUUUAUGCUUCCCUGGAGGAGUUGGCCUUGAUUCGGGUUAGUGAGGAUUUGAGCAAGACAAAGGAGAUGGCACAGGAGGUUAACAAAGAUACUAAAGCAAAUGCAGGAGAUAAUUUAAGGGGAACACUAGGAAAUAAGGAAAAUAUGGAAGAGGUGGAUUCCAAAGCCUCAAAGGAAAAUAUUCAAUCCCUUAACUCGCCAUUAAAUAAGGAUGAGGAGAAGGAUACUUUUUCCCCUAAAGAGCAAGAAAAAUCGAAAUCCCAAUCCAUUACUCCCCCCGAACCUGCUACAAAAGCUACAUCAGAUUCCAUGAUGUCCUCCCAUCAAAAUAAUGAAAAUCAAACCCCAACCCUUGUGGAUGCGGGAACACCUGGAAACAGACCCUACAAGCAAUCAAUUAGUAUUGAACUAAAACCACCUGCAUCGAACAACGGAGAAAAUGAAUCAGCUCCGACAACAAAACCCGGUCUCAAAAGUAAUUCCAUUAAUUUUGAAUUGAAAACAGCAGGAGAUUCACAAACUUCCCCCACCACCACCAACUCCUUCAACGAAGAAGCAACUCAAAAUGAAAACCCCAACAACAGCAUGCAUUCAAAACCCCAUCUAGCCUCUGUCGCUUUGAGCAAAAAUGAAACACAAAAUAUUGAUUUGAAACCGACGGCAGAGGCAAUAGUCUCCUCCUCCUCCUCCUCCCCCACAGAAGUGGCUGUGACACCACCCAAACGGCCUUUGGUCGAAGAUAUACGAAAUUUACCCAAAACCGGUUGUGAUAAAUCCCUAAGUGGUUCUCGACGUAGCUCUUUGGCCAGUCUACAGUCACGCCGGCAAUCCAAUGUCUCCAUGGGUGGAGAAAUAACCAUUGAUAAUUUAGAUUCCCUAUUGGAUCCCUCCGAUUUACUUGAGGACAAAUCAAUUUUACUCAAUGAACACUACGAUGAGGAUUCGCUGUGCACCUCGAUAAGCAAAAGUCCCAGUGUGGCACCCAUAACCGUACAAAUGCGUGGCUCCUCGGAAGAUGAUAGCAUAGAUAAUUUAUUCAGUCAAUUUUCCGAUGAAAUGUUGGUCAAUGUGGAAUUCGAUUCCAAUGAUGAGUUGAUUGAAAUAAUUCCCGUCAAUGAGGAGAUACCCUUGGACACGGUUAAAACUCCACCUCGGCUUGAUGUACCUUUACAACUACCUCGCAGUGAUAAUAACUUCCCCUGCCGUCCAAAACGUAGGCAAAAGAGUAAAUCAUCAUCCAGUGAUUCUACACCACCCUUGGCGCCACAACGUCUCAAGAAGAAGUUAUCCAAAUUGUCGCCCACAAAUAUGCCACCCUCGGUACAGGAGGUUAUGCAGGUGGUGUGUAAAUCCAGGGAAAUGGAACCUGAAAAGCCUCUGGAGGCCAACAAGCCUUUAAGAUUCCCUCGACUCAUUGAUGAGGAUGAGGUUUUGAUCGAAGACUCUCCCAUUGCCAGUAAAUUAUUUACCCAUGAUAUUUACAACAAGGAUCCCAGCAUAACGAAAAUCUCUGGAUCCAGAGGAUCCCUGGCGGUAGAGGAGGAGAACACUCCCAGCACACAUCAGGUGCCUAGCAUACAAAUCUCGGCCAACAUUGUAAAUGAUGGCUUUGGUUAUGGGCCCAAUAGACAACCGGAAAAUGUCACCGAAUUUACCAAGGUUUUGAAACCCAUUGAAAAGGAAGUUCCCGAAGAAACUGUGGAGGAUCAAAUUGACACUGUGAACAAAGAGCUGCCAAAUGAUGAGAAAAAUAACGACCUCAAGGCCAAGGCACCCUCAUUGGAAUGGAACAUGGAAAUGUUACCCAACAGUCCCAUGCCCAAACACAAAACCUUGCCAAAACAUUUACAAAAACCCGAUUCCAUGGAAAGUCUGACGGAGACAGAAAAAACCUCCGAUUGGAAUAUGGAAAUGUUGCCACGUAGUCCAAUGCCACAGAGGAAAUUUAAGGAGGAGCUCAAAGAAAAUCCACCCCGGGAAAAGGAGGAGAAAACGCCUAGAAGAGAUUCCAAUUCUUUGCUAAAGGAGAAAUCACCCACAUCCUCCAUAAAACUGCUGAAUACCAUUGAUCUGAGCACCGAGGGUUCGGAGAAACGAUUAAUUGAGGAAUUUGAGUUGGAGCGGCGCCAGGCCUUGAUACAACGUGACAAGGAUUACAAUGUCAAUGAAAAACCCAUUGAAAUGAAACCACCCCGCAAGGGUAGUGGGUCAAGUAGUGGCAGUGGAAAUUCCCCAAAGACAGCAACUCCAAUUAACUCUUCAUCCUUUAUGCCCAAACAAAGUCCACGCGGCUCAAGGCGCAGUUCAGUGCAAAGUUCCACCGGCAAUCGUGGUGGUACACCACCCAUGACCAAACCCCUGGAAAUACCCUCCCCUGCACAGACGGAACAAUCUUCACGACGUAGCUCAUUUGCAUUUAUAGAAUUGUUAGACAAUAAACCAGUUAUUGCUCCCAUGCCCAAGAAGCUGGACUUGCCCAAAUUGGAAGAUGAAAAGUUGCAGCCGGACAAUCUAAAGGGUGAGGUGGCAGAUGACAUCAAAAAUCGUCCCUGGCCAAAGCCACAAAAUGAGGAGCCCGAAGAGGAAGAGGGACAAAAUGAGGAAGAUGAUGUGGCUUCGAAGCCCGUAGAAUAUGCCAAUUUAAUGGAGGCCAAUGCCAAUGGACCCAAACGUCAAUGGCCGGAUGGUCGCACCAUCUUUGAGAAAAACAAAAACCACAAAGGUCCGCUGAAACCACGUUCCGAAACCCCGGAAUUAAGUCGUAAUGCCAAUGAACUGGAUUGGGAGGCCAUGGGUAAACCAGCCUCUAAGUCUAUCACAGAUUUAAGUAAGGUAUCUUUGCCUUAUGGCUCAAACUAUUCUUUGGCCACGGCAUCCACUGCUCCGGCAGCAACUCGGGCACCCCUCUCCAUGUCCAGUAAUGAAAGUGAAUAUGAUAUGCCACGUUAUAAUAAGUCUUCCACACCGCAGAGGCCGGCCAGGCAUCAACGUCCCACAGCAACGGGAUCUACAGCCUUAGCCUCCAGUGGCUCCAUGGAUGCCAGUACCCAAUUACUGUUGGAGCGUAGUAAACGUCUGCAUGAUCGUAAACGAGAUUUUGUCAAUGAAAGGGUGGUGGAACGUAAUCCCUAUAUGAAAGAGGUCAUUGCGGCCGAGCGAAGAAAUUCCUUGGGCGGAGGGGGAGGAGUAGGGGGAGGAGAUACAUAUUACAAUAGCAAAUACUAUGAUUCCGCGGAUGACGAUGAUGAUGAUGGCGAUCUUCCCACAAGAUAUCGUUCACGUCCCUACACAACAAGCGGUACAACACGUUUCCCCAGCUCCCGGACCUUGGGUAGAUCAUACAAUACCUCAAGCUAUGAUUAUGUACCAUCAUAUGCAGAUACCUCUAGUUCCUUGUAUGGCAGUAGUCGUCGUUUGCCCACCGUGGCUCCCAUUAGUUCCAGUUAUUCAUCCUAUAAAUCUCCCUACUCAGGUGUGGGUUAUGGCGGACGUUCUUCGUAUUUGAAUGAUUUCUCGAGUCGGCAUUCACCCUCGUCACACUACAGAGAGAGGGGAGGAACGGCAGGAACGGGCAUAGGAGGAGAUGAUUCAUGUGUUAUAUGUCUAAAGCCAAUUAAUCAAAGCCAAGCCCUUUCUUUUGAUGAGCUUCCAUCCUCAACACCACCUCUAUCAUCACCUCUACUUCUUCUACUACUGCUACUAUCGCUUCCCAACAGAAGUCGUUUUAAACGAGAGGAGAGGGCUGGUGAAAUUGUGUUGAAUGUUUUGAUAUUAAAACUGCACUGGGUACGAUCUUUAAAGGUCCAAAGUGAUACCGAAACCUCAACAUCCGAUGAAUUAGAACAUAAUUCGGCCACCGAAAUUUCCACAGAUUCGGAAUUUGAUAAUGACGAGCUAAUACGCAGUGCCCCGAAGAUAUUUAUCGAUGAUACCCACUUGAGGAAGCCCACUAAAGUUCAGGUUAAAUCAACCGUCAUCCCCCCAAAUACCAUACAAAAAUAUAAUAGCGGCUCAAAUAUACCACAAUAUAGAGGUGGUAUGGUUUCGGCAACGGGCAUUGGUACAAGUGGUCCCUAUCUGGCAAAGUAUCAGACGCCACAACAACAACUACAGCAGCAGCAACAACAACAACAAAAUACUCCACAAAUACCUCAAUUCAAGCCUUUGGUACAAGUUGAUCCAUCACUUUUGACAAGCAAUCGUACUCCACUGCAAAAUCCCAGACCUGGAGAUUACCUACUUAAUAAAACUGCCAGUACCGAGGGUAUAGCAUCGAAAAAGAGUUUGGAGCUGAAGAAACGUUAUCUGCUGGGUGAACCGGCUAAUGGCAAUAAAAUACAAAAGUCCGGCUCAACAUCGGUGUUGGAUUCACGUAUACGCAGUUUCCAAUCGAAUAUUUCCGAAUGCCAGAAGCUACUGAAUCCUAGCAAUGAAAUAAGCCCUAGCAUGAAAACCUUUUUGGAUCGCACCAAACUGGGAGAGAAGACAAACACAAAUGAGUUAAUGCGUUCCGCCACCAAUAACAUUUUGAAUGAUUUGAAGGUGGAGAUUACCAUACAGAAGGCUUCGUCCACUGCCUCGACCGAUAAUGAGAAGGAGAAUGUCUAUGUGAACAAUAAAAAUGAAUUGAAUAAAUGCAUGGAAUAUUCGGAGACGGUGAAUGCUGCCCUGCUGGAUACAAUGGCGGGAAAGAGAAGCUCAGCCAAUACCACACCCACCAACAAUAAAAGCAUUUUGGAGACCAUAGAUUUAACAACACCCGAAAAGGAGGUGGAACGUGAUAAGUCAGAUAGCAAUAAGGUCAUUGAUUUGACAGGAGAUUCACCGGAGCAGAAGAGCAACCGCACAAUUGUGGAGGAAGGGGAAAUCAAGCCGCCUGAUGUCUCAAAGGAUGUGAAGCAGGUUAUACCCGAUAUAUUGGGUCACAUAGGAGAGUCACAGCUAAGUCCAAUGGCCGAAAAUAUGGGCGAUAAGACACCCACACAACAGGAUGAGCAUAGCAUGGAAAAAGAAGAUGCCCCUGAAAAGGAGCACAUGCAAGAAGAUAACGAGGUGGAGGAUGUACAAAUUGAGGUGCCCAACAUAGAAUGGAAUACCCACAAAGAGGGUAAUCUUUCGUGCUCCUCCAGCAAUUCCUCCUGCUCAUCGCACUCCUCAAGUUUGGAAGAUAUUGAGCAUUUCAUUUUGGAAUCAACCACUAGUCCGGAGACUCAUAACAGUGCCAUUGCUAUGGUCUCCUCUAGUUCGGGUGGCAAUCAUCAGGUACCUCGUCUCGAGGUCCAUGACACUUCGGGCACCCUCAUGCAAAUCGAUAGUCUGAUGAUUAUUGAUGGCAAGUACAUUGGAGAUCCCGAAGAUUUGAAAUACAUGGAGCUACCCAAGGGCGUAACCCUACCCGAAGAGGCUGCUGUAAAGACAAUAGAAUUGGAACAUCUGGACGAUGAAAAAGAUCAUGAAACGGAACAUGAACCGGUUACUGCCACCCCCGAGCCAGUGGAGACCACAGUAAUAGAAGUGGGUGCAAAAACUUCCACUGAUGAGGUGCAGGAAAUAGAAUCCGAGGCUGAUGCAAUACCACCACCACUGCCCGAAACCGGACCACCACUGCCGGAAAAAGGUCCACCCAAGGUGAAACCCUCAAUGCUGAAGUUCGACACCAAAAAUGAGAAUAAAAUUGAGAGCCUAAAAAAUCUGCCCUUGAUUUUGGACUCAGGCACCGUGGAACACACCAAGGCCGUGAAGCCUAAAAGUCUUAAUUUAACUAGCGCACACAAAUCAAUGGAAUCACCGGUUACCUCGCCCCUCAUUGAUAUGGACAAGACACCCACAGGUGAUCUACUGUCUCGAGGCUCAGAUUCAGAAACGGAACCAACGGGCACUGCACAAAUUCUAACCGAAACAGAACUUUCCGAUUGGACAGCAGACGAUUGUAUAUCGGAAAAUUUUGUGGAACUGGAUUAUGCAAAUCGAAGCAGCAGAUCGUCCAAAGGCAGUAAGGGACACAAGAAAUCCAAACGCAAGGGCAGUGUGGAGUCAAUGGGUGGACGUUUGCCCAGCACCAAUGAGGUAAUGCAAGAAUUGGCCAAGGCUGUGGCACCCGUUGCCGAAUUUGAGGGUAUCCUAAAAUCAAUUGAUUUGGAUGAUAUUGAAUUCAUGGACACCGGUUCGGAGGAUGAAAGUUCGGGUACCGAACCCCAUUCGGCCACAAACACUGCCUUGUUACGCAAUCGAGGCUACAUGGAAUUUGUGGAUCAGGAAAAGACACCCAAACAUGUGGCAACCAAGACCGCGGCAACUGCUUUGGAUCUUUGCAAACCCAUAGCAGUGAAACGGGAUGAACGUCUCGGCGUGGAUUAUAUAGAACAGGGGGCAUAUAUUAUGCAUCCUGAGGAUGCCAAUAAGACACCGGUUAAUGAGACGAGCAAACAUGUUAUGAGCAGCUCAGGGGUUAUGAGUCAAUCGUUGACCGAUUCAAGUACCAUCAAUGAUUUGGAAGAUGACAGUGUCAAUUCACAGAUACAUAUAUCCUCCACAACAUCGGCAUCCUCCAGGCAGGGUGGUAAUAAAUCGGCCAAUACGGCAGCCACCACCAGCUUUACCACGACCACAACCGAGGAAAGUGAGGCCCUCACUGUGGUAUCUAGUCCCUUAGAUUCCUCACCACACACACGAAAUUCCGCAAGUGGUCACAAGAGAGAUUACCUUGUCGAUGGCAGUGGUUCCACGCCCAGCAGCACAGAUCGGGCACCCAAAUCCUCACAGUCAACUUCAUGUACCAAUUCCGCCACCACCUCCAGUAAAAAUACACCACCCAGACAAUCCUCAAAGGAUAGUCCGCCCUUAGCACCCGGUGAUCGUAGAUCAAAUGAUGAACUUUCCUAUGAGGAAUAUGUUCGGGCUUUACAACAGAAAAUUGUACAGAUAAGUACGACGGCAAGAGGUGAUUCCUUGGAGGCCAAAAAGCAAAGGAGAAAAAGUUCAAAAGGCGAGGCAUCCCUCAAUCAACAAACAUCUGUGAUAGAUAACACCACAAUGACAGCAGUCAUGCCGCCAACUAAUUUAAGCUUAGAUCCCAGUGAGGAGUCACACAAAACAAUCGGCCAAGAUGGCGCCCCGGAACCUACGCAACUGCAUUCUACUGCUACUGCCGCACAGAAAAAAGUACCUGAAAUUCCAACGCUCACAAGUAAGCUAGAGGAAAUUACCAAAGAACGCACCAAGCAAAAGGAUCUGAUACACGACUUAGUCAUGGACAAGUUGCAGUCCAAGAAACAAUUGAAUGCCGAGAAGCGUUUGCAUCGCAGUCGUCAGCGCAGUAUUAUGACCAGUGGCCUGGGUGGGACAGCCGGCGGCAGUGGUACAGGUUGUGGUUAUUCCAGUGGUUCUAGUCUUAGUCCAACGCCCAAAUUGGCAGCAGCAAAUUCCACCACAGACACCAACUGUACCAAUCAGGCCCACUAUCAUGUCUCGACGGCCAGCCUGAAUCCCACAUCGCCAUCGGCCCGCACAGCAGCAGCUACACAACGUUUCCUAAGCAAUAGUUCUAGUUUUAAGGAAAACCAUCCGACGACAACAAGUUAUGUAUCACCCUAUGGCGGCAUGGAAGCUCUCUCACCCAUACGGGCCAAUGCCUAUAAAAUGCAAAGGCCUUUCAGUGAACAUCUGGAGGGUGAGCAAUUCAAGGAUUUCGAACAACGUUAUAAACUCAAUAAAACGCCAUCCUUUGCAUAUGGCAGCGCACAAAAGGCCGCGGUGGCAACUCAACAGCCUGUGGGUAGUUCUACACCCAUACCACCGCUAAGGCAAAAUCGUGGAAAACAUGGCAAUGGCCAACACAAUGUAGAUGGAAAUGUGGAAACCCCAGCAAACAAAGAUUCCAACUUUUCUACCUCCACUGAAAAUCUGCGCAGUGAGGCAAGGGCCAGGGCUCGUCUUAAAUCCAAUUCCGAAUUGGGCUUGAGUCCUGAGGAAAAAAUGCAAUUGCUACGCAAGAGAAUACAAAAUGAAUACAGCAGCAGCAACAGCAACAAUGGAGCUAAACAAGUAUCCGCCACUCCAAGCGGUGGUUAUGAACGCCAAACAAGUUUACGUGAUUCCAAAAUGAAUACCUCAAAGAGUGUCAAUGAUUUGGCCUAUCAAAUGGGUGUUAGUGCGGGCGGCAGUGGCAAACCUGACAGUGUCAAAGUCUUGGCAAAUGCCAAAACAGAUUUCACCUCAGAUCCAAAUAUUUUGUUGUCUUCAAUGCAACAACAACAGCAACAACAUCAACAACUGCAUGAAAAACCAAUUGCAGGCACGAAAAAACUCAAUCGGCGAGCCAAGGAUCCAGAGCGCCGCAAAUCGUUGAUCCAAUCACUUAGCAAUUUCUUUCACAUGGGCCAGAAUAACAAAGAAAAUAAAUCCACCACCACCACCAGUGAUGUUAACUCUGCCCAGCCAGAGCAAACUGGUACUGGUGCCAGUGGCAGCAGUCAUGGUACCCCAACCUCAUCUUCAUCGGGUAUUGAUAAUGUUCUAAGUCGUUUCCGUAUUUCACCGAAAUCCAAAGAGAAGUCUAGGUCCUGCAUUGAGCUAAGGGAAAUCUAUAUUGGUGAUAAGGAUAAAGACGAUUACAGCAGCUAUACAACCGACAGUCCCACACGUCGUUUACGUACAUCAUCCAUGUCAAUGGCAGCCUUGUCUUGUUAUGAGUGCCCCCGGCAACAACAGCAAUCGUCACAACAGCACCACCACCACCAUCAUCACCAUCAUUCAUCGUCUCAAGAUGCUUUGACGCGUUCACACUGUACACCGCCCACCCAUCACUACAGUCACAAUCAACUGAACAAUUUGAACUUUGGCGGCGGUAGUCCGAAACAUAAGAGCCCGACAAACAGUGGCAGUAAUAAUUGUCUGCAACGCAUAUAUUCCAGCAAUAAUGGCCAACACCAAAAUAUUCAUCAUCAACAACAACAACAUCACCAGCAACGUAAAGAUGCGCGUUCCUCACACCACACUACUAGUCCUUCGGCAAAGAAAUCAUCAUCCUCAUCGGCACUGGCCUUCUCGUCGUCCAGCCCCCAACUGUGUGUUCACAAAUCACAAUCAAUGACAAAUGCUUCACAUAAUGCGGCUGCCGCUGUCGGUUCUCCAUCCUCUCCGGUUACCUAUGAUGAUCAAAUACCGCCUCCCAUACCGCCAUUGCCAUUGAAUUAUCAAAGAUCGGAUGACGAAAGCUACACCAACGAAACCCGUGACCAAAAGAAACAGCGUGCAAUAUCGAAGGCUGUCCGGCAAGCUGAGCUUAAGCGAUUAAGAAUCGCUCAGGAAAUUCAGCGAGAACAGGAAGAAAUUGAAGUGCAAUUAAAGGAGCUCGAGACACGUGGUGUACUGAUUGAAAAGGCUUUGCGCGGCGAAGAACAAACUUUGGAAAAUUUGGAAUCUGGCAAUAAUAUUGGCAGCAAUGAUGAAAAAUUACUCAAAGAAUUAUUGGAAAUAUGGCGUAACAUAACACAACUAAAGAAACGCGAUGAAGAACUUGGCAUACGCCAGCAGGAACUACAAUUGGAACACCGACACGCCCAGCUAAAGGAAGAACUUAAUAUGCGAUUGUCGUGCAAUAAACUCGAUAAAAGUUCAGCCGAUGUUGCUGCUGAAGGCGCCAUAUUGAAUGAAAUGUUGGAAAUUGUUGCCAAGCGAGCUGCUUUACGACCAUCAUCCUCACAACAUGAUUUAGCCGCCACUACGGAUCUCCUGAGAGGAACAACAAGUACUGGUAGUGGUGGUGGUGGGGUUGUCGCUGCAGAUUUGGCUUCUGGUAGUAGCAGUAGUAAAAUACAAUUAAGUACAUCAUCACGAGGACAAUCGAACGAUACUGAAGAAUCAAAUAUUUGAAGUGUUCACAUUUGUUGGAAUACACUGAUUUCGGCAAUACUUAUGGAUAUAUUAAAAAUAUUAAACUAAACGGAACCAAAACAUAAAAUGGAAAAAAAAACAUUGACAACGCUAAGUGAGAUUUUUAACAAGGAAACCCGACAAAAAAAACAAACUUUAGAAGUAGAAAUUUCGAAAUGCAAUUAGAACUGGAAAGAAACAGACAGUGAAAUGGAAAAUGAAAAGCCUUCUCAAAAUGCCUCAUCGAAAUCAAUUAGUAAACUACAAAAAAUUUAACAAUUUUUUUUAAAAAAACACAAAA